AUGUCCGCCAACACAGCUCAAAAUCCGACCUCGCGAAAUCAACCUGCGAGGGAGCAGCAGCAGCAGCCUGCGGCAAAGCCGAAGAAGAAGAACCGCAAUCGCAAACGCCGCAAUCGCAGGCAGUCGUUUAUUGCUUCUGAGGACUCUGGGCCAAUUGUAUCUGAGCUUUUGGGAGGACUGUCACGUACGAACCCCGAUCAGAUACAAGGACGAGCUCCGUUCUACAGAGGCCGGAAUUUGAGUAAUACUAGCUUGGAGAGUGAGGCAUUGCUGGACCAUCGUGAUCAACCUAUGAUGCGACCUCGACGUGACAGCCGCCUUAGCCAAUCUUUCCGCCCCGAAUCGUUCAAUCGAGCGGGAUCAUACUUCCCGGCUUUUGAGGGACCGAGUCCUGGUCAACAGCGCUCGAAUUUUCGAUAUCAACAAAAUCUAUACAAUCAGGGCGGGAUAGAUGAAGAUGAAGAAGGCAGACAUGCCACUGACCGGACUCCAUUGAUAACGCCAUUGCGGAACGCAAGCCCAUCAAAGCUUGGUUAUGGUACGGACUCGAGGUCACCCUAUUCAUCAUCUGCGAGACAUGGAAGGCCGUCGACGGCAUCGUCUCCUCUUGCUGCUUCUCCAGAAUAUGAUGUCAAUAAUCCUCCAUCCGUCCCGGGGAGCCCUAAAAUUGGAGUCACUGAUAUGGGCUAUGAUGAUGCUAUGGUCACCGGACUAGAAUUUCCUGCAGGCGGUCGAUCACCAGAUGUACGUCGGGGAUCUGUGGAUCUCCUUCGCGAGGCAGUCAUCAAUAUGGAGGCUGGGGGCGCUGAUAUCGCGAGAAAGGGGGACUCGAGGCCGCAUUCGCCUCCAGCAGCUUCUCCAGAGGGCCUACGGCGAAGGCGUACCAUUGCGGUCCCUGCGGAGGAAGAUGUAUGCUUCCCGUCUGAAAUUCCGGGAGACUUUCAACGUCAAACGCAUGAUUCAGAGACUGGUGAACGGCGGCGUCGGAGAAGGCGAGAGUGGCCAGAUCUUUCUGUGCUUGAGGAGUGGAGUCGAGAAGAAAAGGAAGAGCGAAGCCUUGAGUAUCGGGUGAAGAAAAUCAGUGAGCCUGUUCUGGUAGGUGGACGAUUACGACCACAAUACAUCGGGUGGCGGCGGGAGGAGGAAGAUGCGCCGUAUCGAUUUACGUAUUUUAACGAGGAAUUUCAAAGCACGAUACACGCGCAGACGAUCUCUGAGCUUGUCCAACCUGGCGGAGGCUUUAGAGAUCUUUUUAUUCCUGAUCCCCCGGAGCUGGAGGACUCUUCAGAGGAUGAUGAAGACUUGAUUUCGCUGCACGACCCUCCUUCUAACUCCAACUCCAAUUCUAACGCCAAUCAGAAUGACCAAACCAAUUUGAACAGUAGCAAUUAUCCGGCUUCCAGUACGAACAAUGAGAGCACAACCAGUCGGGGGACCAACACACCAGUCCGCGGCGCUGACGCGCGUCGAGAAAGUGGCUUCCAAUCCAGUAAUAAUAACAACAGCCGCCCCGAGACACAGAUACAGACAUCAAACCAGCAAGAGGAAAACCGAGGCUCGAAGCCCAAACGCUACGGGCCACGACCAACCUGGUGGCUUGACGUUCUAUGCCCAACAGACGCAGAAAUGCGCGUUAUAUCAAAGGCAUUCGGAAUCCAUGCCCUAACAGCAGAAGAUAUCAUGAUGCAAGAAGCACGCGAAAAAGUUGAGCUCUUCCGGAAUUACUACUUCCUGAACUAUCGUACCUUUGAGCAAGAUCCCAAUAGCGACAAUUAUCUCGAGCCUGUUAACAUGUACGUUGUCGUUUUUCGAGAGGGCUGUCUCAGUUUCCACUUUUCCCAAACACCGCAUCCAGCCAACGUCCGUCGACGAAUUCGACAAUUACGCGAUUAUCUGAUCUUGAGUUCCGACUGGAUAUCGUAUGCCCUCAUCGAUGACAUUACAGACGUCUUCGGUCCCCUCAUCCAAACAAUCGAGAACGAAGUCGAUGAAGUCGACGACACGAUCAUGGCGAUGCACAACGCCGUCGAUGACUACUCCAGCGCCAACAACAACAACGGCAGCAGCAACAAGGAAAACGGCAGAGGCGACCCCAACGACGACACUCAGUCCACAGUUUCAAUCGCACCUGGCGAAAUGCUUCGACGAGUAGGCGAAUGCCGCAAGAAGGUAAUGGGUAUGUACCGCCUGCUCAGCAACAAGGCCGACGUUAUAAAGGGGUUCGCAAAACGAUGUAACGAGCAAUGGGAAGUCGCGCCCAAGUCUGAGAUCGGGCUUUAUCUGGGCGAUAUCCAGGAUCAUAUUAUGACUAUGACGAGUAAUCUUACGCAUUAUGAAACCCUUCUCUCACGAGCACAUUCCAAUUACCUAGCCCAAAUCAACAUCCUCAUGAACGAGCGCCAGGAACGAACUGCAGACGUGCUAGGCAAAUUGACAGUCCUGGGUACCAUCGUCCUACCCAUGAACAUCAUCUGCGGUAUGUGGGGGAUGAAUGUCAAGGUGCCAGGCCAAGAGAUCGAUAAUCUAUACUGGUUCUGGUCAAUAACGGCCGGCCUCGUUUUCUUUGGUGUUGCAUCGUUUCUAAUUGCGAAGAGGGUGUAUCGGAUUGUUUAA